GAACCAAGCAGCCUUUCUAACUACACUCCUGCCUUUGUGCAAAUUUUAUUUGAUUAGAGUGAUAGUGAACAUGAGAACCACCUUAUCCAUCAGCUGUGGCUCUUGCUGUACAAAUUACCAGAAAUUGGUGGUUCCUGUUCAUAGUUUGCUUGGAAUUUCAAGAGCCAAAGCGAUUGCAGAUUCGAAAGGAAGUGAUUCUGUUAAUGGAGAAGAUGAAGGCUCAUCUCGGUUUUUGAAAAGAAGAGCAGUUUUGGUUUCUGGGGUUUCUUUUGUUUCAUCUGCAGUUUUGGGAUUUCCAGUAGAAGCUGUUGUGAAGCAAGGCCUUCUAGCUGGGAGGAUACCCGGGUUAUCUGAACCAGACGAACAAGGUUGGAGGACAUACCGCCGACCAGAUGAGAAGUCUGGAGGGCAUGGUGUUGGGUGGAGCCCAAUCAUUCCUUAUUCAUUCUCAGUGCCUCAAGAUUGGGAAGAGGUUCCAGUAUCAAUUGCAGAUCUAGGUGGGACAGAGAUUGACUUAAGAUUUGGCAGCUCAAAGGAGGGACGUCUAUUUGUCAUAGUUGCACCUGUUCUUAGAUUUGCAGAUAAUCUUGGUGAAAACGCUACAAUUGAACGAAUUGGAACACCAGAGAAAGUGAUCAAUGCAUUUGGGCCAGAAGUAAUCGGAGAUAAUGUAGAAGGGAAGGUUAAAAACAUGGACGUUGCAGAACACUCUGGAAGAACAUAUUACCAAUUUGAGUUAGAACCACCUCAUGUGUUGAUCACCGCUACUGCAGCUGGGAAUCGCCUCUAUUUAUUCAAUGUCACUGCAAAUGGUCUUCAAUGGAAGAAGCACUACACCAAUUUGAAGAGGAUAGCCGACUCUUUCCGUGUUGUUUAGUUGGGAUAUUUUAUCAAAUGAGAUAGACAAAUAUGGUGUGCCAUUCUCCCCAUUUGUCUGUAUGUAUUCACAACGACGCUACCACAACUAGAGAUAAGAGAGUAUAUAUAUUUUCAUGCCUUUUUCUUUCCUCCUGUUGAAAAAGUCACUUUUUUAGUUACAUCUCAUAUGAUUUCAGGAAAACCUCUCUGAUCACUCCUGAGUUUAAAUUGCAAUGUUUCAUAGAUAAUGAAGCUGUCUUUUACAUUUUA